AUGUACUCCGGAAGCAGCCAAUCCGGCGUCUACGGCACUGUGGCUGCAACUUUCCUCUACCUGGGCUCCUACUCCUUUGGCCUGACUCCUUUGACAAACAUCUACCCCCCUGAGGUGCUCUCAAAUGAUCUUCGAGCCAUAGUCAUGGGCUGUUCACAGUCCUCGCCAAAACUUGUGGUAAUUUUUGUGACUAUGGCCUUCCCACUCAUGUUCAAAUUACUCUGGUGGAAGACGUAUAUCAUUAACGCUAGCUGGAAUAUUGCUUUCUUUGUCUUUGUUUACUCCUUCUGGGUGGAGACUAGGGGGAAGACUCUGGAGGAAAUCGAUGUGCUGUUCGAUGGAGUCAAGCACUCCGAUACACCAGACCUAAAUACCGUGGAUGCUGGCGAAAAGGCAAUCGAAACUAUGGUUGAGCGUGUCCAAUCAGAGGGCAGUAUUCUCAGAAGAUGA